GUUCACAGCUUGUCACUUGCUCGCCGUCGUUCGCGCAGCACGCUAUCUCCGAAACGUUGUUUUGACGACCGUUGAAUUUCGGCUGAACAGAAAGUAUAACACAGAAGAGAUCCGUUAUUUAUCCGUACAAAUGAUCGUUGCCGUCUCAAGAUCGUAGAAAAGCCCGUGAUACAGAUACGGGCGAAAGAUCCCUCUUCCCCCCAGUGCUUCCCCGGCGAUUUGAUACUCACGCACGUUAUUUGGAUUAAAAGUAUCGACGAGAGCACGUUCGAGGACAGAGCCCAAGAUGCAGCAGAAGAACUACCUCGCCUUGGGACUGCUCGGCUGCGUCCUGUUGUUGUCGGGGACCACCGCGGACAUCAGCGUGUACGUAACGUCCAAGUACAUUCACCAACCGCUUACGUCGACCACGCUCAAGUGGCUGCCAGUGGCGCACUACGACCCGAACGGAUCGAAGGAGAUAGUCAUCGGCGGCUUCGAAAACGUGCCAGAUGGCGAAGACACUUACGCCAAUCAAGCGGAUAAAUCCGAGGCGAAGAAACGGCCGCUCUACGUGUGUCGUGCGAUGCACAGCGGCGUCUGGGUGGCCGGCACGCAGAAAGAUAAGGACACAACGUGCACGGUGACGUUACACGGUAUGGUGAGGCCGUUUGAGAAGUACGAGUUGCUGGAGAACGUUGACGCAGCCGCGCGAAUCUCUUGGCUACAAUGGGACAAGUACACGCAGCUUCAUCUAGGUACGGUGUACGUGGAGAAGAAUGAACUGAUCGCUCGAUACGUCGUCCCGAAAACUGACAAAGAACCGCGAUACAGCCACUAUAUAGGCACGCUCACCAUGACCGAAAAUUACCCUAACAACAUCGUCUACGUGACCGAGGACGGUAGGGAAGAAUCCGCCAAAGAAGGCGAGCUGUUGGUAGAGACCGAGCCGAUCCGUUACGAGCUGAGCGGCGUUAAACUCAACUGGUCUAAGAAGCGCGACAUCAAGCGCGUACCUCGCGUGCUCAACCAGGCGACAAUCAUGAAUCACAGACAGGAAAAGGCAAACAUGGCAGAGGCUUGUAGUUAUUCGUACAAGUACUCGGUCUAUUGGGGCCGCAGGUACGCUAUUCUGAACGGUCUGAGUACCACAAUUAAGCUGGCCAACGGCACAUCCUUGCCGAACAUAACGUGGGGCAUGCAUGUCGAGCAGAAUCGCACAGAUGUUUACACUGUCUCAGUCACCUUAGAGCCUGGCACAGGUGUAAAUGUGACUCUGAAGGCUAACUACACGGAAAUGGAGGUGCCCUAUACCGCUACAUUGAUCUCGCAUUAUGAGGACGGUAUGGCAAUGUCGCGCGUGAUCACCGGCAUUCGUCAAGAAGAAUCGUUGUUCGACGUCAUUCCGGAAUUCGGACCCAUCUAUUUUCUAAGUAACUUUAGUCUAGUACCGACAACCGUUGCACCGCCUACUACAACCGAGCUGCCGACCACGACAACGACGACGACAACAACGAUGAUAUCGACGACACAGGAGACAAGCAGGACGACAUAUCGACACCGCCAGACAGACAUGGAUCACGAUGAGAAUUCAAUCAAAAAGACAGAUCUGUCCAGCAUGCAAAGCGACGACGGCGGUCCGGUGCCGCUUAAGAACAAGGUAGAUAUGGCCUAUGGCAAAGCCGCCACGUUCAAGUCGACUCUGGUAACGCUCGUCGCACCGUCGUUGCUAUUGCUUAUCCUCCACAGAAUCACGUGAAGAUCUGAUUCACGCGUGUCCUAUCCAUUGUCCUUAAUGUUAAAAAAUUCCUAAAAUUCCCGCGCAAUAGUAAUAUAAUAAUAUAACCCACAGUAGGCGAAUACAAAAAAAAAAAAAAAUUAAAAAAAGAAAAAAAACCUCUGAGAAAAAAAGAACAAAAAUAUACGCUGAAGAAAACUGUUGCAAUUUCGUACGUAGCGAUUAUAACGCGAAUAAACCUUCUUAUUUUGGACACACCGCUCGACCGCGAUCGGCAUAGCGGUAUAUACCGAUAUAUGCUUGCCUUUAAACAAAAAACUCAAUAUCUAAUAAUAUAUAUAUGAUAUAUGUAAAUCUACAUUAUUAUAUAUAUUUAUUUCUCUCUUGGAUAGAGAGAUAAUUGUCUUCGCGAUGAGAACUUGUCACGAAGAUGAGUUUAAGUACAAGUGAAAAAGGAGAGAGAGAUUGCAGUGAGAGAUGCGUCAACUUUGACAGAGAUGAGUCAACUUUGAUCGAAGCAAAAAACGUUUAACGUUCACUCAUUAUCUUGUUAAACAGCCGAUCGCGAAACUGUUACAUUCCGUCUUUUUCUAAUCUCCCCGCUGUGAAUCGACUCUCCAGCUAUGAUGUAUGUCCUAUGCCUUCGCAAAAUAAUCUAAUUCUAGAUCCUUUAGAAAGACACUAAUCGCUUUAAAAAAUGAUAGCAUUCUUUGUAUCUAAAGAAAGAGAGAGAGAGAGAGAGAGAACAGAGAGAAAGAAGUAACUGAUGCGAAUAAUGUCUUGGAUAAAGUAAUAGCGUCGAGUCGGAAAAUGAAUAGAAGUUAAGCAACCGAAAGAAAAAUGAUCGCAAGACACGCGAGUUAAUUCAGCGCUACGAUAUAUUUUUGAGAUUGCCGUAUAAUUUUAGAAGAUUGUAAAAUUUAUAUAAAGAUAGCAAGUAAGAGAAAUAACAUAUAUAGAGUGUAAAAGUGGAUGGGUACACAAUGUCGCGGGUAAUUAAACUAAUUCGCUUUGUGUUUUAAAGUUAUUUCGAAACAGUCGUACAAAACCACACAAUGCAUAAAGUGAUUAAUACGAUAAUCACAUCGAGAGGAUGUAGACAUACAGAAUUAUUUUCAAAAUACUUGCAUAAGAUAUACUUCGUACAAUAUAAAUCUAAAAAAUUUUUUUUUUUUUUUUUAAUCUUAAACGAAGUUGAAUAAAUAAAUUCGUACCCGUCUCUUGCCAGUGUAAAGUGAUAGGAUUUGCAGGUUUCCUAGAGUAUUGUUGAAGAAGAUUGUAAAAACAGAAGAAGGAUAAAUGAAAACAGAAACCAUUGGUAUAUAUAUAUAUAUAUCUUAAUACUUUGUUACUAAGAGAGGAUAGAAUAUUUUGGUACGCGUGCGAAAUAUAAUAAUAUUGAGUUCGAUGUUUCGCGGGAAGCAUUUUGUUCACUUGAAAAGACUAAACGAUGAGAUAAUUUAUCGUUUUUCACAUACACAAGAUUGCGUUACCGGCGUUUUUUUUUUUUUUGUUUUUUUUAAUCUACGUAUGUAUAUAUAAAAUAUGUAUUUCUAUUACAUGAGAUAUAUUAUAGUCGUAACUGUGUAGUAAAAUGCUUAUUUAUACAUAUAACAUGAUUUUAUAGAUAUUUUCUCUAUCGAUAGUAGCGUUACAAAGGUACAAUUAUAUUUUACUAUUACAUCGUAAUGGUGUUAGAAUUAGCGCGAAGCACUUUUAUUUUGGACUAAAAUGUCUCCCGUAUCUCAAACGACGUUUCUCGACGUCGAAGCCUAAUCACGCCUGUUGUGAUAUUCAAUAAAAAUUUUACGUAAACACACGACAUAAGAAGGAAGGAAAACGUAAGUACACUGUUGAAACGAUAAUCAAUUACGAGAGAAAGCAAUAAAUUCGUUGCGAGAUCGAAAGACUUGUGUGUUCGAAGAACCAGUCAAAAAACAAAAUAAAGUUAUGUGUGCGGUAUUUCCUCGAUAUUCCGUAUGAACUCUUGAGAAACGGUAAAAGAUAAUGGCGUGUAUAAGUUAGAGUAAAUUUAAAGGUGAAGGACGCUGUACGUUCAUAUUGGUCUGUGAGCUCGUAAAUCUAUUUCUCAGUAAUUGCUUUUUGACAACUCAUCCUGCCGUUAGGCAGACUAAAUAAAUGUUCUAAGCUAAUUAUUAUCGGCAUCAGUAAAGCCAAGAACUGUUCUAAAGAUAUAUCUGUAUUCAUCACAGAUGUAUUAUUUGUGAAUAUAUUACUGUAUUGUACAUUAUCAUGUAAAUAUAAAUAAAUGCUAUGUACAUACAAAAAAAUCAUCUAGACAGCUAGUGCUGCCAGUUUUUCCUUGAACAUCACGAGUGAACAAAUUUAGAAAACUCAACCGAGAAAAACAGACUGCAUAUUUUUAUUUGCAAAAGUUAUUAACAAUAUUCUGUACACAUAAGAGAGAAUCAUGUUAGCGUUAAAAAAUAAUAUGAUAGUAUUUUUUAAUUACUGAGAAAGAGUGUUAUCAAUUUCAAUCAAUGAUUUCUUAUUUGAUAACUCAAAGAGUAUGUAAUCUAGUUUCCAAAACAUCUUUAAUAUCUUUUCAGCAGAAGAUUUUAAUAUCAUAUGUAUU